AGCGCAAACCUUCGGUUCAGUUGAGUUUGAACGGUCCCAGCGAUAGGUACGGUAGAUCCGCGUGUUCUGAACCCCUUACGAACAAACUAGUUUGAUCGGUGUCGCUCUUUUAGCUUACACAUUCCUCUCGCGUGUGUUUCUCAGCGAAAGUGCAGUGCUGCGGCCAAGUUUUUCUCUGUCUGGAGAAAAGGGUUUUGGAACGUAAAGGUGAUUGAACCGUGACAACGACGAAUAUGCUGGUCAAGAUUGCUCUGUUGGUGACCCUGGCCGUGGUCUCGAGCCACGCGCAAUCAAAGGUUCCGGUCUACGUGUACUACGAAUCGCUCUGUCCGGACAGCGCCAAGUUCAUCAACGAGCAGUUGUACCCGACGGUGAAGCAGUUCCCGAACAACAUCGAUCUGAAGUUGGUUCCGUUCGGCAAGUCCAGCUAUCGAACCCAGGGAUCGGAAACCUUGUUCGAGUGCCACCAUGGGCCGAACGAGUGCUACGGUAACAAGGUGCACGCUUGUGCCCUGGCCAACAUUGAAGGUAACUCGUACCAACCGAACAAUACCAAGGAAGCACUGACCUUGGAGUACGUCAACUGCCUGAUGGAACGGGCGCAGUUCAAGAGCGGGGAGUUCCCCGGUAAGGCCUGUGCCGACCAGUUCGAGAUCAACUGGGAAACGAUCGAGCAGUGCGCCAACAGCACUCAGGGAAGCACUCUGCUCAAGAACUACGGCGAGGAGACCUACAAGCUCCAGAAGCCGCUGGCAAGCGUUCCGACUGUGGCUUUCCGUCAGACCUUCGACAGCGACGUGCAGAAGCUGGCCGUGGAUAACUUCCGUGCUGCGCUGUGCAAGAACUUGAACCCCGCUCCGCUUGAGUGCCGUGUUGGUCCAGGAGGUGGCGCCGCGGCCGUGACUUCGUUGGGUCUGCUGACUUUGGUGUCAUUGGCGCUUACGCGCUUGUUCUAAAUGCUAGGCGUCUACCAACCUCUCCUAGCGUAGAGUCUGUAUUCUUCAUCCGUCCUCUCACAAGUGGUGCAUUUAGAGAUACGUGUUUGUAUGUUACGCAAUCAUGUUUAGGAUUGAUUCCGUCCAAGUACUUUAAGAAAGUCGUUGUUCCAACCAAGUUUGCACAUAAUGUGAAUGUUCUAGAUCUAAAGUAAUUAUCGAUGUUCAAAGUUUGUUCGAAGAUUUAAGAGAAAUGAAACAAAAUUAUAUGAAUAAAGUGAUUUUACUUAAAGCUAA